AUGGACGAAAUACAACAUGCCGAAGGCAAGCCAAGCAGGCAUCUCGAUGAUUCAGCCGCCCUUGCCCAGCUCGGCCACAAGCAGGAGCUUCAACGCAACUUCUCUAUGGUCUCCAUGCUUGGUCUGGCCUUCGCUAUCCUGAACACAUGGACAGCCCUCUCUGCCUCCAUCAACCUUGCGCUCAUCUCUGGUGGGCCUAGUGCUGCUAUUUGGGGUCUCAUCGUUGCCGGAAUCUGCAACCUCUGUCUCUCUGCCUCCCUUGCCGAGUUUUUGUCUGCCUACCCAACCGCUGGUGGCCAAUAUCACUGGGCGGCACUUGUCAGCUGGCCACGGUACGCCAGAGGCCUCAGCUACAUUACCGGAUGGAUCAACGCCGCUGGUUGGGUCGCUCUUGCGGCUACAGGUCCCUUGCUAGGCAGUACUUUUGUGAUGAAUAUCAUCGCCUUUAUGAACCCCGACUACGAAUCAGAGGCAUGGCACCAGUUCCUCAUCUACCUUGGCUUCACCUCCAUUGCCCUGAUCGUCAACAGUUUCGCCACUCGACUCCUUCCACUCUUUAACCAGGCCGCGUUCCUGUGGAGCAUGGCAGGUUUUGUCAUCAUCAGUAUCACCGUGCUAGCCUGCGCCGCCCCUAACUAUCAGAGCGGCGCCUUCGUCUACGGCAAGUUCGUGAACGAGGUUCAGUGGCCCGAUGGGCUUGCCUGGCUCCUCGGUCUGCUCCAAGGAGCCUUUGGACUUACCGGCUUUGAUGCAACCGCCCACAUGAUCGAGGAGAUUCCCGAAGCGAGAAAGACGGGCCCCAAGAUCAUGCUGUACUGCAUCGUUAUUGGCAUGUUCUCCGGAUUCAUCUUCCUGACCUGCCUGCUGUUUACUAUUCAGGACCUCGACACUGUCAUCGAAUCCCCGGCCGGCCCGCUACUGCAAAUGUUCUUCGACGCCACGAAAAAUAAGGCUGGGUCUAUUUGCCUACUCAUGUUCCCGAUUCUCUGCAUGGUCUUCACCUCGACCGCCCUCAUGACUACCAGCGCACGAAUGACAUAUGCUUUCGCCCGAGACAAGGGUCUCCCCCUAAGCCGUGUCUGGGCUGUUGUCAAUCCCACUCUGGGAGUUCCUCUCAAUGCCCUUCUGUGGACCACCGGGUGGAUUAUUGUUUUUGGUUUGAUCCUGCUGGGAUCGUCAAGUGCCUUCAAUGCCAUCACUGCCGCUUCCGUCGUCGCGCUGGGCGUAACAUAUGCCAUCCCACCCGCAAUCCACCUGCUCCGUGGAGGUAACUUGCUUCCUGAGGACCGCCACUUCAAGCUUAGCACCCCAGUAAGAUGGAUCUGCAGCUUGGUCGGUAUUGCCUGGGCCAUCCUGACCACUGUCCUCUUCGUCUUCCCCCCGGAACUACCCGUUACAACAGCCAACAUGAACUACUGCAUCGCUGCAUUCGGUGUCAUCUUGCUGAUUGCCAUGGCAACCUGGUUCCUUGACGGCCGGAAGAACUAUGAUGGGCCUGUCAUUGAGCUUGCGCAAAGUCAUGAGAUUGUGGGACAGGCCAAGGAUGAGACAACAUCCCACGAUGAGGAUGAGAAGAAAUAG